AUGUCACGGGUCUAUGAACGCGAUCUCGGUUCACCCGGCAUCUGGCGAAACGACCGCUUCUGGCUUGCAGCCGAUCACGUUGUGCAUCCUGAUGCGACACAGACACCCACGAUGCGCGAUAUGAUUGCUCGUGUAGAAAAGGGCAAAUCGGAUUUCAAGAUGACGGAAUAUCAAGGACUGAAUUAUACAAUCAUGCACACAGAGUUUGUGAGGGAGCGUGCAGAGCCGGGCAUGCUGGUCAUUGGAGCCGACUCUCAUACCUGUUCUGCUGGAGCAGUGGGAUGCCUUGCCAUCGGGUUGGGUGGAGUCGACGUGAUGAUGGGUCUCGUGAUGGGCGAGACAUGGUUCAGGGUCCCCGAGUCGAUUUUUGUAGAAUUCAGGGGGCGUCCGGCUCCGGGAAUCAGCGGCAAGGACGUGAUUCUGCACAUUCUAAAGGACCUAAAGAGGAACACUGUUGCCACAGAGCGGAUUGUGGAGUUUGGUGGCGAAGGCGCCCGGUUCUUAUCUUGUGAUGCUCGCUUCACCAUAUGUAAUAUGGCGACCGAGUUCGGGGCCAUCUCAGGGAUCUUCGUGCCAGACGAUGUGACUGUGAGAUUUAUCGACCGGAGAAAAUCGAGGAGGAACAAGCGACACUCGGUUUAUUUCCGCCCAGACCCUGACGCUUCAUAUGCUGGGAAAUACGUUAUUGACUUAGCCAUGGUGGAGCCCACGAUCGCCAUUUACCCCAGCCCCGAUAAUGUGGUUCCGGUCACCGAGAAAGUUGGGAUGCCACUUGACGGUGUUUUCAUCGGCGCGUGUACAACAACCGAAGAAGAGCUGGUGCUCGCGGCUCUUGUCUUGAAGGUAGGACUGAGCAAUGGUUCACGAGUUCUUCCUGGCAAACGCCAUUAUGUCCCAGGAUCAUUACCUAUAGUCGCCAAGCUUCAGUCAAUGGGUCUAUUAGAUGUUUAUUCGGCAGCUGGAUUCACAAGAGGACCACCCGGGUGCUCUUAUUGCAUUGGUCUUUCUGUUGACCGUGCCGGAGAGGGUGAAACCUGGCUCAGUUCGCAGAAUCGCAAUUUCCAGAACCGCAUGGGAAAAGGAUCAUUUGGUCAUCUCUCCUCUGCUGUGGUGUGCGCGGCAUCUAGCUUCGGCAUGUCCGUGGUAGACCCUCGACCGUUCCUCAAAGCAAUUGACUAUGAAUUUCUCGAGAAGUAUAUGGGGGCAAAGCCGCAAAUGAUUGCUGAGAUCCAAUAUGCGGAGCCAACCAUUCUGACCGCCGAAAUGCACAAGGAAAACACUUCCUUGGAUGCAUCAGCGAAAGCAGACAUACAAUUCUCACAAACCCUCUCUAACCACGCGCUACCACAUAUCAAAAGUAGAAUCGUAAGGCUGGGAGAAUUUAUUGACACGGACGCGCUUGCACCAGGGCCAGCUUUGACAAGCUGCAUUACCGAUGAAGACUUUGGGAAUCAUUGCCUUGAAUAUACCCUUCCAGAGUUUCGAGAUAAAGUCAGAGGAGGACAAAAGGUCAUUGUGGCAGAUCACGCAUUUGGCUGUGGAUCCAGCAGGGAAGUGGCAGUCUCUGCGCUGAAGGGAAUUGGCAUAGAAGCAGUGUUCGCGCGUUCAUUCUCCUUCAUAUUCAAUCGUAAUAUGAGGACUCUUGGACUAUUAGGGUUCACCAUCACGGAUAGCGCAUUCUAUGAAGCUGUCGCGGAUGGCGAGGAGAUUGAAGUGGAUGUUGCGUCCCAGAUUGUAGUUGUCAAAGGGGAGACCUUUCGUUUUGAAUUGAGUGAUAUUGAGAGGGAACUCAUUGCGAGAAAAGGGGCUGUGGAGGCUUAUAAACUCCUUGGGAGUGAUCUGUGGGAACAGCUGACGAAGUCCAAAAGCGCUGCGGCUCCUAGUCCUAUGGAGAAGAUACCUAUCGCUGUUCUAGAGAAAGAAUCAACCGCUGAGUCGACAUUGGAAUGGUGA